CGUAACUGCACCAGUACCGGAAAUUCCGGCACUUGAGCAAAGAAUGGAUCCUUGAGGUCUUUUUGUCCAGCAAGAUCGCUGAGCCCAUGACGUUCAAAUUCUCGUGUUCUCUCGAUGCUCCGUGGGAUCAUCCAUGUUGCUAAAACUCCCAUUUGCGGAGUUUUUAUCAUCGAUCCACAACCCGAUGUUCUUGGCCUGGUGUUUUUGCUGUUUUCACGAUGCAAUACAACGUCAAUAGCUCAGACCACACUGUCAAUUAAUUCCUCUUUGGGCUUCCAGUUAUUGACGGUUUCUUUGAUGCGUCGACAACGCAGGGAGGAAUACGAGCAAGACUAGUCUGAGAUAGACAGGCAGGACCCUUGAGAUCAGUCAUGCUUAUUGAAAAGACGUGACUAGUCGUGAAUAGACAAUGCAGCAGCUAUUCGGCGGUGAGGUCAUGGGGUCACCGGCUCGGCACGUUGAUCGGACGAGGUGAAUCCUAAUCCGUGACACUAAUUAUUCAACAUUGAAGCUUCAACAGUAAUAAAGUAUUACCAAAUUAAGGCCAAAGAUAUGACCGGCCAUUCCGCAACCAGGUCAUCAUGAUAGCCUCAGUGUACUGUAGCCUUACUAUGAUAUUACAGAUCUUAGUGAGCCUGAGCCUCUUCGACGCGCUGGAGCUACGUUACGUCGUGCUGUUCACAGGACGACACUAGCUUCAAGCUGAGCUCAAGAAUACGAGAUAUUCCUCACCAAAAACAACCUAACGUUACCCCACAAUGCCCCAAACUGGGGACCAUGACCAGCAGAAAUCAACCCCUACACCCCUGUACGACGGGAAAUAUUCUGGGCCUGUCUAUAGUCAACUCAACUGUAAUGCGAGCAACCUUUCCGCGCCCACGCCAUGUCCUACCUUUAGGCUCUAUGUUAGGUUCUGUAUCCGCCCCUCGAAAUAGCAUACGGCGUGGCCUAGCCUUGCUCUGGCAUCCGUUGCUAAAGCCAAUUUUGGCAGCGAUGGCACCGGGAGACGGUCGAUACGAAUGGAGCUUGGGUAGCUUGGGUAUAUUCUCGGCCGGGAUGUGAUAGUCCAUCUGCCAUUCAAUGCCAGCUAUGACGCUAUAUGGAGACAAUCUAGGCUUGUCCAGCCUCCAGCCUUCCCGGUGGUGUUCUCGAUUUGGCUGUGGAGAGGCUGAUCACCCGAGGGCCGUGAUGGGUAACGUUAGAUGCAUGGCUCGUUCGUUCGAUUUCUUAGAGAUCGUUGUGAGAACUCAAGUAUAAGAAGAGCCCUCAGUCUCGUCCAGAUUCCUAUUCUUCUCUUGUAUCAUCACUCUCAACAACAACAAUCAACCACUCUCACCCUCUUCGAGCUUCCAGCCAAACACUCUUCAACACCACCACCACCACCACCACCACUACUUUCCUCUUCACUUACACACAAGCAACCCAACAACAACCGUCAAUAUGAAGCUGUCCGGUGUCCUCUCUGCUCUUGCUCUUACCUCCGCCGUCUCGGCCACCACUGUCUCCUACGACACUGGCUACGAUGACAAGUCUCGCCCCAUGACCGCUGUCUCUUGCUCUGAUGGCAAGAACGGUCUCAUCACCAAGUAUGGCUGGAAGACUCAGGGCAACGUCCCUACAAAGUACGUCGGUGGUGUCAACAUCAUCGAGGGCUGGAACUCUGCCAACUGUGGUGGCUGCUACCGCCUCGAGUACAAGGGCAAGAAGAUCAACGUCCUUGCUAUCGACCACGCUGCCUCUGGCUUCAACAUUGGCCUUGAUGCUAUGAACGCCCUCACAAACGGCCAGGCUGUCAAGCUCGGCCGCAUCAACGCCCAGGUCUACCACGCCAAGCCUUCCGACUGCGGUCUCAAGAACUAAACGGCGCAACUCUACGAUUUUAUGAGAUGCAUAUGAAGCUUUCUGGAUAGCGGACAUUCUUAUUCUUUCCCUCCUUAGAACUAUGGGUUUAAUACUUGGCAUUGGUUGGCGUUUAGACUGCGAUCUUACACAUAAUCUACCUAGAUACUACACUACACAUGAAUGAACAUAGAGCUUAAUUGCUUCCACUUUAAUUUUAUUCUUUGCAAUGCUAUGAGGUGAAGUGACUGAAUGAUAAUUCGAGACCCUAACCAUGUAGUCAUGCGGUUUGCUCCUUUUGGUCAGACUUCCUGGAGAUAAUACAGCUUGAAGAACCCGAUUGACAAGCCGUUACUCCCAUCAAAAAGUAGCACGUUAAGUUAGCCGUCCUACAAUAGCUCAUUUUGUACAUGUGAGAUCGUUAUCGUCCAACCCCCCUUCUGUUUCGGCAGCCUUUCUGUUUCGUUCCAACUGAGCCUGACAUCGACUUUUAUUCCCACUCCCUAAGCGAGGGAGGGGUCUCAGCACCCUCAGACGAGGAAGGCGAGGAAGACGAUGAUUCGUCGUGGUCGUCCCAGUUGUGUGAUGAAAUUUCAUUGAUAUCAGAUGGAGGGUCAGAUAGAGGAGAUGAUGGAGUGUCGGUCGAAAAAGACGAUGGAGGCUCAGAUAAAGGAGAUGAGGCACCCGUCGGUGGGCUCCUCAUGUUGGUCGAGUUUGUGUUUGACGGCUCUUCGUUACUGAGACUGUUGCCAUUUGUGAUAUUGACAUAGUCGGAUGUUGGCAUUCGGUUGGAUGUGAUCGGCUCUAGGAGUUUAGGAUCUGCAGCAAGUUCGUUGAAAUGGAUUCCACCUUCUUCCUGUUCUUC